AUGCUAUCCGAAAACCAGGAUGUGAAGAGAAAGAGGGCCAAUUCGCUUAGAACACAAAUGUUCAAUAAACAUCUGUACAGCAAAUUCACCGGUACUGCCACAGACGCUAAUGACAGUAACGAAACGGAAGAGGUUGAACUAGAUGAAGUCGAGAACAAUGAAGGGAACUUUUCCUCGAGUAACGGAUUUUUCGCUAUACAAGAGGAUCUUUUCGAGGACGAAGAAGACGUGCAAGACGGCCUGGAACAGAAAACGCCGAACAAAUCGCACAAAAUAAACUUACUUACCAGGAUCUUGGACUUGUUUUUGGAUAGAAGGCGAAUGUUGCGUUCCGAAAAUGGAAGACAUAUACCCAUAUCGUUAGAUCAUUCCACGGAAGAGUAUACAGGUUUUGUACACAGCAAAAGCGGCUUACUUAUUGAUGAGCGAACUAACAGACCGUAUAUCAACAACGCUAUAACAUCAUCCAGAUACACAGUAUACUCUUUCCUGCCGAAACAAUUCUUUGCACAGUUCUCUAAGCUUGCCAAUACAUACUUCCUGGUGAUUGCCAUUCUACAAAUGAUUCCGGGAUGGUCUACGACUGGUACGUACACAACCAUUGUCCCUCUUUUGAUUUUCAUGGCGAUAUCCAUGGCAAGAGAAGCAUACGAUGAUUUCAGGAGACAUAUACUAGACCGCGCGGAAAACAGGAAAUUAUGCAAAGUUUUAGUAAAGGAUCGAAGGACAACACCUGAACUGGACUCGACUGAUCCAAACGAGACUGACUCAAAAGAUCAAGGUACCCACUUCACAAAUUUCAAACUCUUAGCGAAUAACCACAACGUUUAUCUUGCAGAUACCGAAUGGAAAGACCUAAGAGUAGGCGACUUCAUACUGUUGCAACAGGAUGAAUGGGUACCUGCAGACAUACUGUUACUAACUUGCGAUGGAGAAAAUAACGAGAGUUUUAUAGAAACUAUGGCGCUAGAUGGUGAAACAACUCUGAAAAAUAGGGUGCCACAUCAAGAAUUGCACAAGAUAGCUUGUUCCGCUUCAGGGUUGGCUAACAUUAAUGCAAGAAUGACAUUGGAAGAUCCCAAUAACGAUUUGUAUAAUUUUGAGGGUAAUCUAGAACUGCACGAUACCCAAAACAACACGUUGAAAGAAUAUCCGUUGGGUCCCGAGAACAUUGUAUACAGGGGCAGUAUAGUAAGGAACACACAAUACAUCGUUGGCAUGGUCAUAUAUAGUGGUGAAGAAACAAAGGUGAGGAUGAAUGCAAUCAAAAACCCGCGGACGAAAGCGCCUAAGUUGCAAAAACAGAUUAAUAUAAUUAUCGCAUUUCUGGUGUUUGUCGUUGCAACAAUAUCUUUAUUUUCUUAUCUAGGACAUGUCUUGGCCAAUAAGGGUUCAAUUGAUGGAAAUAAAGCAUGGUACCUAUGGGAAGAAGAUGCGGGCCCCGCAGCAACUAUCAUGUCAUUCAUUAUCAUGUAUAACACUAUGAUCCCACUGUCGCUAUAUGUUUCCAUGGAAAUCGUAAAAGUGGCUCAGAGCAAAUUGAUGGAGUGGGAUAUUGACAUGUAUUACGAAGAAACGGACACCCCAUUUGAAGCAAGAACAGCCACUAUUCUAGAAGAGCUAGGACAGGUGUCGUACAUAUUUAGCGAUAAAACAGGUACGCUAACAGACAACAAGAUGAUCUUCAGAAAAUUCACACUAUUGGGAUCUUCUUGGGUUCAUAACAUCGAACCCGCAGAAUUAAAUUCCGAAGAAAGUGGCUCAACUGAUGUUGAUAUGGUUUCAGUAGACAAUCAGAACAUUUUGAACAGUUCUAACUUGGCUUCCCACAUUAACAGACCCAAUGAGAUCUACAGUCACCAUAGUCCUCGAACCUCCAUAGAAUACAAGGGUAAUUCGUCAGCUACAUAUGCUGGAAGACCCAGCAUGAGUUCGUUAUUUGCGAAACAGAACCAAUGGAGCGCAAAGAAACAAAGUUUACAAAACAAUUUUAUCACUCCCUUAACAGAAAACCUGAAAACUACUUUUGACUUGAUCAAGUUUCUACAGAUGUAUCCAGAUAUGAUGUUCUCCCAAAAAGCAAAAUUUUUUAUUUUGUCAAUAGCAUUGUGUCAUGCUUGUAUACCGAAAAGGGCUGACGGAGUGGAUACAGAAGAUGAUGUGAUUGAAUACCAGUCCUCUUCUCCAGACGAAUUAGCAUUGAUAACAGCUGCAAGGGAUAUGGGCUACGUUCUUACGAACAGAAGUGGACAGACUUUAACUAUUAAAACGUAUCCUAAUGGCUUUGAUGCCUCCCCUGUUCUGGAUGAAUAUGAGAUACUUAAUUACAUUGACUUCAAUUCCCACAGAAAGAGAAUGUCAGUGUUGGUAAGAGUGCCUAAUGAGAAUAACAGAAUACUGCUGAUAUGCAAAGGUGCAGAUAAUGUCAUCUUAGAGCGUCUACACAACAAAGAUCUUGCGUUAGAAAAGCUAAACGAUAUUAAUGACGUUGCAGCUGAGCGGAAAGAGGAUGAGGCGGAACUUGUAAUUCAACAAAGAAAGUCUCUUGAAAGGGUCGCAUAUGAUGAAGGUAUACCGCGAUCAUCUUUGCGUGGUUCGAUGUCCAACGAUGGUAGAGCCAGUAUGUCUUUACAGGCGAUCCGAAAGAGCGUUUAUCAAAGGAACAAGAAGAUUGAUCCCGAGAUGCAGAUCGACACACUCGACGAUGUGUUGGCUACUGUCAGAAAGGGCAGCAAAGACCUCGAUGCUGUCGUUAACAAAAGUCGGAAAUCCCUACAUUUGCAGCAACUGAACAAAUAUGGCCCCAAAACGUCUAUUGACAUGAAGGUUCAAAACGAAAUAGGUAAUAAUUUUAGGAGGAAUGUCAAAGAGAACGCAGAAAGACCAACCUCAGUUUUGGAGUAUAUUGGUUCUGAUGAGUUGAUGCUAAAUGAAGAAUACGUGCUUGAAAAAACUAUCCAAGCGAUAGACGAUUUUUCCACCGAAGGACUGCGGACUUUAAUGUUCGCAUACAAAUGGAUCGAUAAUAACUCAUACAAUUUAUGGAACAAACGUUUUCAUGCUGCUCAGACUUCAUUAAACGAUCGUAAAGUUAAAACAGACAGAGUAGGGGCUGAAAUUGAACGGGACUUAUUCAUCUUAGGUGCCACUGCAAUAGAAGAUAAGCUACAGGAAGGUGUUCCGGAGACCAUUGAAAAAAUAAAGCGUGCUGGUAUUAAGCUAUGGAUGUUAACCGGUGACAAACGUGAAACAGCCAUAAAUAUUGGAUACUCAUGCAAAUUAAUAUAUGACUACUCCACCGUUGUCAUUCUAACAACAAACGAUGAGAAUAUUAUCUCGAAGAUGAAUGCCAUAAGUCAAGAGCUAGAUUUUGGUAACAUGGCUCACUGUGUUAUAGUCAUAGACGGAGCCACUCUGUCCUUUUUUGAAAGCAACCCGACUAUGAUGUCCGUGUUCGUUGAACUGUGUACCAAGACGGAUGCAGUUAUAUGUUGUCGUGCCUCACCUUCUCAAAAAGCUCUCAUGGUAAGCAACAUUAGAGAAACCAAUAGAAAUACGGUUACCUUAGCUAUUGGUGAUGGUGCAAAUGAUAUUGCCAUGAUACAAGCAGCAGAUAUCGGUAUCGGUAUAGCUGGGAGAGAGGGACUGCAGGCAUCCAGAUCAGCUGACUAUUCUUUUGGUCAAUUUCGAUUCCUGUUGAAGCUGUUACUUGUGCAUGGUCGCUACAACUAUAUCAGAACUGCGAAAUUUUUGUUGUGCACUUUUUACAAAGAAGCAACAUUCUAUAUGACUCAACUGAUCUACCAGCGGUACACAUUGUUUUCUGGUACCUCGUUUUAUGAAUCGUGGUCUCUGUCCAUGUACAACACUUUGUUCACAUCGUUGCCCACAAUUUGUAUUGGAAUGUUUGAAAAAGAUCUGAAGCCAAUCACACUGCUUACUGUUCCAGAAUUAUACUCAUUUGGUAGAUUAUCAGAGGGGUUUAACAUUUGGAUAUUUUUAGAGUGGCUGUGCCAGGCUUCCGGGAAUGCCUUACUGGUUACCUUUUUGAAUGUCAUCAUUUGGGGGGAAACCUCAUUAUCGGACAAUUCAAUGUACCCACUAGGUGUUGUCAAUUUCACUGCCAUUAUAACAUUAGUUGCCGUCAAGUUCCAGUUCUUGGAAAUGAGAAAUAAAAACUGGCUUGCAUUUACUGCGUUUAUCCUAUCUGCCGGUGGAUGGAUUGUUUGGGUAUGUGCACUACCUGUUUUGCAUAGGACGAACGGUGAAUACGACGUCAAAUAUGGGUUCUAUCACCAUUUCGGCAAAGACAUAACGUUUUGGUGCACCUGUUUAGUGUUGACCACGUUACCACUAAUCAUCGAUGUCGUGUAUCAAACUGUGAAAAGAAUGCUAUGGCCUUCAGACGUGGACAUUUUCGCCAAUUUGGAGAAGAAAGGUAUUGUCAGAAAGAAACUGGAGCUGGGUGCAUACAAUGAGAUGAGACAAGGCUGGACUUGGGAUAAAGACCCAAACUUUUUCCAAAGGUACAUGAAUGCGAUCUUUGGACCAUCCCAAUGUAAAAGGGCGCCCUCCAACGGGAGGUCGAGGGCCGACUCUUAUCUAAGUAGUGACGAACAAACGACGACCGCACCAAGUUCUAUUGAGCCCCGGUCCUCAGACAUUACUGUGACCUCAUGGCCCUUGCAUAUGAACAAGUUAAUGCCUGGCACCUCAAAGCCAAACAUGGACGACUACGAAGUUUUGCCCAGUGGGAAGAUUUUAAAGAAGGAUCUGCUCGCUGAGGAAGCGAACGAGGAAACACAGGCAAUGUCACAGUCCCAACACUCAGAUCCUGCGAGUUCUGAAACCAACAGCGGGACAAUAACGAGGAAGAUUACUAAGAAAUUGAGAUUUAAAUCUGAUGAAGUCACGGACGAGGAGGCUCACAAAAUUAUACAGGAAAGGUUGAAGAGUCUCGAAUGA